AUGGCAGCCACCGCAUCACCCUCACAGUCUGAAUUCCCCUACUCGCUGGCAAUUUCAAUUCCACUGCCAAAUCAACGUCUUGCCUUAUCUGCCCUGCAAACCCUCGAUGUUGACCCCGAGUUAUCUGCCUCUGUGCGGCGCACCCUGACUCUCACAAGCCCCGUUCCCGAAACAGCGACCGAGCCCCAAGAAAAGAAACAGAAGCAAGAUCCCAACUCGGAUGAAUCUAAGACCGUUUUACAGGUCAACUACUACGCGACUACAAACCGUAUGCUCCGAGUCGCGGUCAAUGGAUUCAUGGAGAGUUUGGGUGUAAUCUUGGGCGUGAUGGCUGAGCUAGACGUCGAUGUUCUCCAAGCCGAGCUUGAAGGAUGA